CAAAAAACUUGUUCAGUGUUUGAUAAAAAUAAAUGAGUGGAUAGUAUUUGGAUAAUAUUUUUAUAGCAAGUUUUGACUUCUAUUGGUUCGGAUGUUAUUUCACUUGAUUACAAGUGUAGAGAAUGUGGAAAAAGUGAUAUUCAAUUGAUGACAAGCAACUAAUUAUAGUAUUUCCUCAUUCACUCAAUCAACUCAUCACAUCUAAAGUGAACACAAGUAUUGAACAAAUUUGAUUAAAUUUUGAGAAAUUUAUUUUUACACAAAAGAAUAUUUCAAUAAAUAAUAUAUCGAAGUAUGUCUGCAAUGAUAUCAUCAAUAAAUGAAUCGCUGGACACAAAUGAAACCCUUUCGACGUCCACAAGUCUAACGACUAAGUUAUAUAAGAAGCGAUAUUUUAUUCUACUAUUGUUUGUAUGUCUGUCAAUGUCUAAUGCAUUUCAAUGGAUAGAAUACGCGAUUAUCGAGAAUAUUAUAGUCAAGUAUUACGAUACGACCACCUUUUGGGUCAACUGUACUUCAGUCGUAUAUAUGGCCGCAUAUAUUGUGGGCAUAAUUCCGGCCACUUUUCUGCUCGACACCAAAGGACUCAGAUUUUGCAUACUUUUAGGUGCUUUUGGCAAUUGUUUCGGCUCUUGGAUUAAGUGCUUCAGUGUAGAGCCCAACAGGUUUUACGUGACAAUGAUUGGACAGUCAGUUGUAGCCGUCUCUCAACUUUUUAUUCUCAAUAUUCCUCCGCUUUUGGCUGCCAUUUGGUUCUCGGACAGAGAGGUCUCGCGCGCCACCGCUUACGGAGUGUUUGGCAAUCAAGUGGGCAUUGCUUUGGGUUUCUUCGUGCCCUCACUAAUAGUUCCCAACUUCAGUGGCAAUGACUCAACACAUGACUCCAACCAAACACAUGGUGUCACAACACUUCUCUCCACAACAGUCAUCGACACCUCAGAGAAGAUAAUUGGCAUCGAAGAAGUGGGAACUGGUCUGAGGACUCUAUUCUUCGGAGUGGCCGUAUUCACCACUUUAUUAUUUGUAUUAAUUGUGCUGUUCUUCAAAGACAAGCCGGAUCUGCCGCCGAGCACAGCUCAGGCCAACGCACAGGUAGUCAACGAGAACUCAUCGUUUAUAAGUUCAUUACACGCUUUGGCCACAAAUCCAAACUAUGUGCUCCUGUUCUUCACGUAUGGCUUAAACACCGGUGUAUUCUAUGCGGUGUCCACUGUAUUGAAUCAGAUGGUGACGGGAGCUCUGGGAGAAGAAUAUGUCAAAGAAGCCGGUUAUAUGGGAUUCACUCUAACAUUGGCUGGAAUUCUUGGAUCCAUAGUCUGUGGUUAUUUGUUAGACUGGACUAAACUCUUCAAACAGAUAACUCUUGGCGUAUAUAUACUGUCAUUGUGUGGAAUGAUUGCCUUCACGAUUGCCUUAAAAGUAGGAUCCGUUUGGUUUAUGUUUUUGGUGUCCGGUAUUCUCGGCUUCUUUAUGACCGGAUAUUUACCGCUUGGCUUUGAAUUGGCCGCAGAGAUCAGUUACCCUCAGCCCGAAGGAACCUCUGCUGGACUUCUCAACGCUUCCGCUCAAAUAUUUGGAGUGAUCUUCACAUUUGGUGGUUCAGCGGUUAUCGACUCAUUCAACAGUCUGUCGGCAAACUUGGGUUAUGUGGGCGCUCUGGUCUUGGGAUCAGUUCUAACGGUUCUUAUCAAAGCAGACCUCCGAAGACAGUCGGCCGAGAAGAACACCAAUAAUGCAAAUAAUGAAACAAAACAAUUGAAUAGCGUUUGAAGAAUAUUAUCUAUUUUUAAAAAUUGUGUGAAUUCUGUAAAUAAUUAAUGGUUUGAAACUAUUAUGCUAAUGAUAUCUCAAGUCUUCCAAAGAGUUUUUAUUUAUAUUUUACAUUCAUAUCAUAGUUUGGCUCUAAAUGUGUUUUCAAAACUAAUAUAAUAUAUUUUAACAUCGCUUUUAAUAAUACCG